AUGCUCUUUCAAUAUUUUGACCGUAAGUUAAGUCGUUUUUAUAUAAUACAGUGUCCUGACUUUGUCUUUCUGUCAAAAGGUCGAAUAAUGAGUGAGAAAAAAUCCUGUCAAAAGCCAAUAAUUGAAGAAAAUAAACGGAAAGUUUGUGAACAAGCGAAAGUGGCUAAGCCAUCCAGGACUUUAGAAAAGUUGGAAGAGGCUAGAAAAAUCGUGACUGAUCUGCAGGAAGAGCAAAAACCAGAUACAGACUUCAAAGCAAAUCUUACCGGACAGAAUCAGAAAUUGAUUGCAUUUCGCAGGAUAACUGGUAAUAAGACACGACUAUUUAAAUAG